CAGUAUAGAAGUCUAUUUAACUUCUAUUGCCAGGAAUAUCGUAGUUCCAAUCGUUUCUAUCAGUUAAAGUGGUAUAGUACUUUCAUCAAAAAGCGGCUCAAGUAGAGUGUAAUCCACACUGCCUGGAACAUCGGAUAUUCUAUCAGGGAUAACACAGUGUCCGUAGCCGCCACAAGACCAAGGAGAAAGCUCCCUUAACCUCACGGCAGUGGGCGUAGCAAUUUAUCUAGCCACAAUGUCAUUAGAGUCAUUAGAUGUAACAUUAAAUUCAGUACAUCAGAUGGCGUCGUUCUCACAAACAAGCCAUCCUUCGGAUUCGGUUGAGUAUUGAACAGUAGGUGGACUUUUGAAGCGCCGUCCACCAGACCACAUCACAAUAUAUUAUUAUAGGUCUGACAACUGCAGUAUAUACCCAAUGAACGACAUGCGGUCUAAUCCCCCAAAUUUUGGCAAUGGCUCUCUUACCCAGAUUCACCCUAUUUCACCAUGUACAGUGAUGAUGACCCAUCCGUAAUGAUGGACUACGAUUUUAAAGAUUUGAAUUCGAUCAAUCGCGCUACUGGUGAAACCAGAAGAGCAAACUUGGGCUUGGAUUUGGGUGGCGAUAUAGGAACGGAUGGUGUCUCAUCACUGCUGGCUGCAUCCUCGCCGGGGCAUGGUGGAGGUCUCAUCAGUGGCGUUAACAGUGCCGAUAUUGCCGUCGUUGGUGGCGGCGGUCGCACGAACUUCGGCAGCAAUGGUCGAAUGUACUGGCGUUGUUACUUUAAUGCAGUCAGCUGCUUCUAAAUCUUCAUCAGCUCCAAGCACAUUUCCUCGUGGACAUCUGUAAAUUACGUAUCCAAAUUCCAUUCCAUCCCAUGAUCAAGUUAAAUUAAACCCAUACUAAAUCAUCAUCAUAAUAAAUUAUCACCUCAACUUUGAUGAAGCUCACAAAUCCUUUCAAAUUAUCAGACGUGUGUGUGUGUGUCUAUGUGUUCGAUUUUCUAUU